GUACGACUUGUUUUUCUCCAGAUGUGACGCAAAUGCUGUGCGCCGUCCUGGGUCAGUCCAGGAGUAGACGAGAAUAUUUGGUCAGGUAUUUGUCAUCCACAUGGGAAUGGGGGACAUGAAGACACCAGAUUUUGAUGACCUGCUGGCAGCAUUUGACAUUCCAGACAUUGACGCCAAAGAAGCAAUUCAGUCUGACACUGAUGGCAAUCAAAAUGAGCGCAGUGGUGUUGUUGGAAAGGAGAGAAGUGGAAGUCCAUGCCUAAGACCUCCAGAAAGCCCUGAGCCUGUUCCUUUAGCUCCUCAAAAUGACCCCUCCGUGGUCAGUGUGAUUGUAAAAAACAGUGUACAUUCUGAUGACAAAACUGAAGGGAAUGUAACUGAAGGGGACAUUUCUGGUGCUGAUGCCUCACAUGAGUCUCCCCAGCAAGGUCCCAGCGAAGAUAGCCUGGUGCCACCAGAUCCGUUCAUCAUUAAUCGACUCAAAACUGUCUCUGUUGGGGCUACAGAACCCUCUACGCCACCAUCUCUAAUCCGGAUGCAGCCCAAUGGGCAGCUUUGGUCUCUCUCUGCUCCUAGUGUUUCUACUGAUGACAACCAAGAUGGCACUUCUUCUAAACACCCUUCUAGCACUUUCUCCAAAGCUCAGUCUUUACCCCUGCCUGACCCUCCCAUCUUAUCUUCACAUUUAAUUAGUUCAGACUUUCCUGCAAGAGUUGAUUGUGAGGAAGCACCACCAUUAAAUGGCGCUUUGAGGGCAGGAGUCCGUCGACACUUAUCUGAAGAUGAAGAAUCUGAACCAGACCUCGGUAGCCCUGCGCUUGUCAUACAAGAAAGCCCGGAUUCCCAACGGUGCUCUGCUCCCAAGGUACCACGCCUGAAGCGGUCUCCUUCAAGCAUGUUUCAACCACCAUCUCCCUCAUCCCCUUCCUUACCAGUUAGUAACACUCAAAUUGAAGAGCCAUCUGUCCAGAAUCCAACACUUCUACAAAGCGGCGUCAACCCAACAUCUUUGACCUCCACAAGCGACCUGCCAGCUGAAGAAAAAGAUGUGGAGCACAUAAUCGAGGAGAGAGAUUCUCCUGAAAGCCCUGAGCCAGAAAUCCCUCAACCUCGGCUGUCAAAUCAACAAGAAGCCAAUGAGCCAGAACAGAAGGUCAGAAAAGAAGGAGCUGCUCAAAAUCAAGUUAUUGACAUGAGCAUAAGUGUGCAGGAGAAUAGUGGUCUCCAACUAAAAACAGAGGCUGGUGGAGGUGUGGAGACACGAGGGAAAUCCACCAAGACUAGUUUGGUAGAGUCCCCCUCUGGAGAUGUCACAAACUCCGGCAAAACCUCCUCCAAGCCUCUCAAAGUCAGAAUCAAGACUGUCAAAACGUCUGCUGGAAACAUAUCACGUACUGUAUCUAAAGUGGCUCCCAAAGGAGGGACCUCCAAGGGUCUUGGUGGCUCUAAAGUUCAAGCAGGGGCCCAUAGGAUUCAGAAGUCUGGUGAUGCUCCUCAAAGACGAGCUCAGGGUUCAAAGCUGUCGAUGUUGCCAGUGUCCACCCUUCAGGAUGCCAGCACAGCUAUGUUGUUUGCAGCCAGCAAGGCACAGAAUCAGAUGGCCACCAGUCUUUCCACCACUGCAGUCAAGAUCACCAGAACAUCAACCCUCCCAUCCAUCACCUCUUCGCCAAUGCCCGGGGUUCGCAGUUUGGGGCAGAAAACGAUGAACGGGAAUCCUGGGACUGCCAAACCAGCCUCCAUUGUGAACAACUCGGGAGCUGUUAUCUCACGCAGCCAGUCUAGCCUCGUUGAGGCCUUCAACAAAAUCCUAAACAGUAAGAAUCCACUGCCAAGUUAUCAUCCAGACCUCUCCAUCCCGCCUCCACCAGAAUGGGGUCUUCGAGUGCCCUCAACGGGAUACCGUUGCCUUGAAUGCGGUGAUGCAUUCGCUCUGGAGCGCAGUCUGGCGAGGCACUACGAUCGGCGCUCUAUGAGGAUCGAGGUGACCUGUAACCACUGCUCCAAACGUCUGGCUUUCUUUAACAAGUGCAGCCUGCUGCUCCACGCACGAGAGCACAAGGAGAAGGGGCUGGUUAUGCAGUGCUCACACCUCAUCAUGAGUCCUGUCAGUGUGGAGCAGAUGAUUGGCCAGCAGGAUACCGUGCCUAUAGGUGUGCUUUCUCCAGCUGCCUCCACUCUGUCUGCCAUUAAAGAAAGUGGGGUCCAUCUGUCACAAUCUUCUGAUAACAGCUGUCCAGAGUGUUGGAGUCCAUUCAAAGGGAAGGCAGAAAUAAUGGCACACUUUCAAGAGGUGGAGCCUGGUGGCACCGAAACGUGUUGUAUGCAGUGUUCUCCUCCGAUGCCGCUGUGGAACUCAUGUAGUGCUGCGGCUCACCGGCGGUUACAUCAGCAGCUCCCUCCGCUGGUUUGCCCUGAAUGCGGUGUCACCUGUCAGUCUCAUGAACUCAUCACUCAUCUGAAUCAAACCUGCCUCCACUACUCACGGCGCCUUGGAUAUAGAUGUGCUUGUUGUCAUUUGGUGUUUGGUGGAGCGAAUAGUUUGAAUGCUGUAAAGACUCACAUGCAGACGGCUCACUGUGAGGUCUUCCAUAAAUGCCCCUCCUGCCCCAUGGCUUUUAAAUCUUCCUCUAGUGCUGAGGGCCACUGCGUCUCCCAGCAUCCCGAACUCCCUGAGACAGAAAGGCAGUCCAAGGAGAUCUAUAAAUGUGUGAUGUGUCGGACUGUUUUUACACAAAAAGCAUUGCUCAGUGUCCAUAUCGACACUCACUUAGCCAAGCAGAAGAUGCACGUUUUUAAAUGUCCCGACUGUAACAAGCUGUUCACUCAGAGGGGUUCCCUUCUUGAGCAUGUUAAGGACUCUCACAGGGACUCUAGCGUUUAUGACACAUCAGCACAGAACAACUUGGUAAAGAUGGAGAGCUCUGACGGGGAGCAGGAGGGACAGGAUGAAGACGAGGACAGAGGAAGAGGGGCGAGAGAGGAUGGGAACUCUGCUGUCCAGAGAUGGAGCUGCUCACAGUGUCAGACGCACUACACAGACAAAGAGAACUACAUCACACACAUGUCUGAGCAGCAUGGCAAGGAACUGAAGAAGUUUCCAUGUACUCUUUGUGAAGGGUCCUUCUCUUCAUCAUCAAGUUUAAGACGCCACAUCCGUGUCAAACACAAAGGCAUCAAAAGAGCGUUUUAUUGCCAACUCUGUAAAGGUGGGAAGAGGAGUUUCAGCAGUAAGCUGAUUCUUGAGAAACAUAUUCAGGCUCAGCAUGGAGGAGACAGAGGAGCAGCCACAAAGAGUCAGAGUCAGGCAGUUCCUGGUAUCACAGAUGCAGCUGACAGCUCGUCUGAGCAUGAUGGUGGUCCUGGAACUUUGGGCGGGGCCUCCGUUGAAGCAGAAAGCCAAUUGGCUGAGAGCAGCCUGACCAGGCCUGGCAGAGGAACUGCAGCUGAGGAGCAGGAAGCCACAGGAUUCCGCUGCAUGCCGUGUGGCUUUACCACAGAGCACAGGGAAGAGUUUCUCCAGCACAUUGUUUGUCACCGUGACGGGGGCAGCAGCUUUCAGUGUCAGCAGUGCGGUGCGUGUUUCGCAUCCUCCUCCUCUCUCAGCAGACAUCUCUUCAUCAGCCAUCGAGUGCGUGAUUCCCCCUCCGAGCGCAAACACGCGUCUCCUGUCACUGGUUCAAAUUCUGUGACCUCUGACUCGGCAGUUGCAGCAGGGUCCCCAGGCUCACCCUCGAGUGUAGGGGGGGCACAGGCGGAGGAUGGGGAAGGUAAGCACACCUGUAAGGUGUGUGGACGUUACUUUAGCAAACCUGCUGAUCUUAAUACACACUUCAGAACUCACGGCAUGGCCUUCAUCACCGCGUACAAAACAGACAAACCAGCGUAGAGAGACCGGAAAGGGUGAAACCUGUCAAGAACAUGUCACCCCAAAAUCAACAAUAUGAAAACAAGCAUAAUUUAAUUUUUUUUGUGAUAUUUAUUUUACUUUGUGACUUUUCAAUUUUAAUUAAGCACACCAAUUCUCAUUACGGAAUUCUCUCAAUUUUCAUUUAAGUAGAUUUAAAUUUCUUUAUGCAAGAUAUAAUUUCAUCUUAUUUUCGGGGAAUUUUUGUAUGAUUCAGCAUAAAGCGUGUAUGUAAUUGAAAGUCUGCAAAUUCUAAACAUUUGGGUUUGCCACAGGCUUUUCACAUUCUACAUUCUCACCUAAAAACUAGAGAAAAACACUGCAUCAGGGCAAUACAUGUUUGUAACAACAUGUAGUAACUCUGCUAGACAAGUUUUGUAAAAACAUGGAAGAGGAAUACUAUGAAUGAUUAGGUUUGAUCAACCUAAAAAGUGAUUGCUACUAGCUCUUUAUUGAUCUGAGAGGUUAAGAGACACUGAGAGACAUAUUCAGAGUGUCACACACACGUUUACCAGCCCUGCUAAAUUCCUUUGCCUACUGUGAUACCAUUGUACAACAGUCCGUUUCCUCUAAUGCAAAAUGCAGCUGCUUACAUAGAUGAAAUACUGUAAUUACUAACAGCCAAAUGCUCCCGAAUCAGGUAACUCCUUUGUGCUUGAAUUAUUUUUAUGUUUAAUGUUUGUAUUUCUUCCAUUUGUGUUUCCACAGAGGCAUUAAAAUCAGGAAACUUGCUGAAUAGUUGCUGAUCUUUAAAAUGAGAAAAAAAGUGCCUUCUUUAUUUAGUCUAAGGUUAAGACUACUGUUAAAGGCUGAGGAUGAUUUGAAAGAGUUGAGUUAUUUUUAUGUUUGUGCUGAAAUUAUGUUUUAUUGGUGCCUUGUAUAUCUUGUCUACUGGUUUUCUUUUUAAAGAUGAUUAAUAUAGAUUUGUUUUACUGUAACCCGACUUUUUUCUGGCAGUUUCAUAUGGAUUGUGUUGAGAUAAAUAAAAAACUGUAAUGGCUUAA